AUGCCUGGAGACAAUCCCCCGUCUGCUGCUCAAGGCGCGAAAUCCAAGAAGAACAAGAAGAAGAGCGCAAAGGCCAAAGAGAGCGCGCAAAAGGCCGACUCUGAAAAAUUAGAAGCCUCGGAGAAACACGAUGGCCCCGACGAGGCCGAGGACCCCAGCGAUCCCGUCGAGACCGCAGACGCCGAUACCGCCAGGCCGGAUACAGCUGAGAAUAAUACAUCCAAAGAGCAUGCCGACAAGCCUGAUUCGGACGACGCCGAGUCCAAAGACCGCUUCGAUGCCCUCGUUCGAGACCGCGACUCCCUCCGGGCCGAAGUGACCGACAUGCGCAAGUCCCUAGAAGAGAUCCAAUCAAAACACCGGGCCGACAUGGAAGCCUUGCAGCAGAAACUGGGCGAUGCAGAAUCUAAGAAGGAGCACGCUGAAACGCAGUUCCAGAAGCUCAUGGAGCGGGUGAAUGCAAUCAAGUCGCAAUUGGGCGAGCGCUUGAAGGAGGAUGAGGAGGAAUUGGCUCAAGCGCGAUCCCAGAUCGAAGCGCUGGAGGAUGAGAACGCUACCCUAAAGUCACAGCUAGAAUCCAAGUCUACAGAACUAGCCGAACUCUCCGAGGAAUCUGCACAAAAGACCAAGGAGAUCUCCACCCUCCGAGAUCGAACGAAUUUGUCACAACAGAACUGGACCCAAGAGAAAGAGGAGCUGCUGGAACAGAACGCAUACCUCCAGUCCGAGUUCGAACAAGCCAAGGAUGCCAUGCAUAACUGGGAGGUGCUGGCCAUGGAGGAACGAUCCGUUCGUGAGAAUCUAGCGGAGAAAGUGGGCGAUCUCGAGGAACAGCUGGUCAAUCUGCGAGAUGCCUAUGAAAGGGCAUCUGGCGAACGCGAUAGCCAACAAUCCACGGUGGAUGGUCUCCAGCGGGCGCUACAAGAAAUUCAGUUGGCGCGGAAGCAGGAGCUUCGUGAAUUGGUCGAGAGCUCCGAUGCUCAACUCGAGGACUUGAGAAAGUCCUUGCGAGAAGCGCAGGAACAAGCGAAGAACGCUGACAUGAACCUUCUCACGGCCCAGGCGGAGUUGGAGCGGGUGCGACCCUUCGAAAAGGAGGUGAAGGAGAAGAAUCUUCUUAUCGGCAAGCUACGGCAUGAAGCGGUGACGCUCAAUGACCAUCUAACGAAAGCACUGCGAUUCCUUAAGAAGGGCAAACCAGAAGACAAUGUGGACCGGCAAAUUGUAACAAACCAUCUACUACAUUUCCUUGCACUCGACCGGUCAGAUCCAAAGAAGUUCCAGAUCCUGCAGCUCAUUGCAGCUUUACUGGGUUGGGAUGAUGAACAACGCGAGCAAGCAGGUCUGGCUCGACCAGGAACCUCAAAUGUCCCCGGCAAGCUUCGAAUCCCUGGUACACCUUUACGCACACCCAGCACGCCAAACCUGGCCACCGAGUUCAUGGACAAUGGGGCAUCCAGCAAGGAAACCCUAGCCGAAUUGUGGUCCAAUUUCCUGGAGCAAGAAGCAGAGGCUGGAGACAGGAACACGAUGAGACGUGGCAGUCAUCCAGGACCAGCGAAAUCAUAG